GGAGAGAGAAGCCCGGCCAGGUGAGAGUCUGCUCACCUGAAGAGACAGACUCUGAGGAGGAGCAGCUCUGGACCUCUGGAUUGACCGGUGCUCGAGUGUGGAAGCCACCAACAGUCAAACGGGAGUCUCUACAACAGCCCAGUACGUCAGAUGCAGUGUCUGUACAGAGUCUCUCAGGGCGGGGCUGGAGUGACCAGGAGGUCUCUGGAGGGACCACUCCUUCUCAUCCAGAGAUCGACCGCCCCGGAGGAGGAGUAGAGAGGGGCUCUGCAGUCCAGGAGGAGGUCUCAUUGGGUUAGCUCUGAUCCCACCACUGCUUCACUGCAAUAACACCUUGUUGUGCACGUAUAGUCUGUAACUGUGUGUGUGUGUGUGUGUGUGUGUGUGUGUGUGUGUGUGUGUGUGUGUGUGUGUGUGUGUGUGUGUGUGUGUGUGUGUGUGUGUGUGUGUGUGUGUGUGUGUGUGUGUGUGUGUGUGUGUGUGUCAGUUCUCCAUGAACAUAUGAAGGGCUCAAGGGUUUAUUCAAGAGGGAGGAACCUGAGAAAUGUUCUCAGAGUUUACUACCAAGAACCGGAAAUACCUAUGGAUGACGACUACUUCUUCUGUGAUGAGUGUAGGACUUUCUUCCUCGAAGAGUGCGAGGUCCACGGUCCUAUCGUCUUCGUGGCUGAUCGCCCCGUUGCUGUCAGAGAGAAAGACAGAGCCAAGAAGACGCUGCCCGCUGGGUUUGAGAUCAGAGAUUCUGGGAUCCCUGGGGCCGGUCUAGGGGUGUUUUACUGUGGAGACGGUGGCCUUCCCAUUGGAACACACUUUGGACCCUACGAAGGACACAGGACCGAUGAAGAGGGAGCCCUGGAGAGUGGAUACUCCUGGGAGAUCUACAAAAGCAGACACAAUGAUUACAUUGAUGCAAAGAGAGAGACACUUUCUAACUGGAUGAGGUACGUCAAUUGUGCUCGUAAUGAAGAGGAACAGAACCUAAUAGCGUUUCAGCACAAAGGAGGGAUUCUGUAUCGCUCCUGUGGCCUCGUGACUUCAGGAGCAGAGCUCUUGGUCUGGUAUGGGGACGAAUACGCCAGACAUCUGGGAAUCGGAUUUGAUCGACCGUGGAACAACAAGAGCUCUACUAAAGGAGGGAGAUCCCAGCUGACACCAGCACAGGCUUUCCCCUGUCCCGAGUGUCCGUACUCCUACACGUCUCAGAUCUUCCACCACAAACACAUGAAGAGGAGCCACGGCGACCUGUACGGCCGACUGCUGAGGAGUGGAGAAAUCAAGGUGGAGCCUAGUCUCCUCCCAUACGUCGCAGCCUCCUAUCAAGAACCAAUCGGAGCCUCCCCGGGAACAGUCCAAAGCACGAGCCAGAUUCCAGCAGAAGGAGCCGGACGCCACAGAUGUGAGAAGUGCAGUAAAACCUUUAGUCGCUCUCAUAGUCUGAAGGUACACCAGCGCAUCCACACGGGAGAGAAAUCAUACCACUGUCAACAGUGUGGGAAAACAUUUAGUACAUCUGGUGAACUCAAGAGACACCAGAUCAUUCACACGGGAGAGAAACCAUACCACUGUCAACAGUGUGGGAAAACAUUUAGUCAGUCCGGUGAUCUGAAGAAACACCAGCGCAUCCACACAGGAGAGAAACCAUACCACUGUCAACAGUGUGGGAAAAUGUUUAGUAGAUCUGAUACUCUGAAGGAACACCAACGCAUCCACACAGGAGAGAAACCAUACCACUGUAAACAGUGUGGGAAAACAUUUAGUCAGUCUGGUAAUCUGACGGUACACCAACGCAUCCACUCAGGAGAGAAACCAUACCACUGUAAACAGUGUGGAAAAACAUUUAGUCAAUCUUGUCAUCUCAAAAGUCACCAACAACUUCACAGAGGAGUCUCCACCCAAACAACCAUGUGAAGAAACUAAAUGGUUCCCAGACAUCUGUUAUUCGAAUCUAAUCAAACAUGGUUCUUCCUGUUAUAUGUUAAAAGGCACAUGAACGGUUAAUUGUUUAUCUUAUCAACUUUAUGUAUUUAUUUAUAUUCAUGUCUGUAUGAGUGAAGGUUUUUACCCAAAAAAUGUUCAGAAGAAAAAUAGUUUGAGAGUAAGGUAUCGUAGAUCUGACGUCAUUGUUAUAUUUAUUACAUUUGUAUGUAUUUAUUUAUUUAUCCUUGUGAAAAAGAGCUUUCUUCACGCAUGUUGUUGUUAAAAAGCAUCUCUUUACUUAAAACACAGCACAACUGUCGAGUCACUUGCACAACUCCAGCCCCUCCAGUCUAAAACUCUGAGAGGGGUCUGGCUGCAGACAUCCACCCACACGCUCCAGACAUCCACCCACACGCUCCAGACAUCCACCCACACGCUCCAGACAUCCACCCACACGCACUUCCGCUGCAGACAGAAAC